AAAUUGAAAUUGUUGCAGUUGAUUGUGUUUGUUCAUUAAGUCUUACCAUGUCAUCUUCACUACAGAAUGAAAGAUACAAAAUACUGUUUAUAUUAUCAACUGUAGCCAUCUUGCUUUCAACAAUUAAAACAGGAAGUACGACAGAUUUGGUGGAUUUACCGUUAAGUAUACCUAGUAGAAGCGUUAACAUUAACGCUACUUUAACUGAUACCAAUGCAGGGACUAAAUAUUUCAUUCAAGAAUCAAUAUCAGCUUCUGGUUCAUCCAUCAGAGGCAAAAUUGUGAUUUCAGGUGAAAAAGAUUCAUACAACAUUCAUUAUAAUACUGAUUCUAGUCUUAACAAGGAACGCUUGGUUAUGCAUGGUACAAAUUGUUUACCAUUCACUUACAAGAAUAAUUGGGAUCAAACUUUACCUGGAAUCAAGAAACCUGUGACUAAUCUGAUACUCUUAAUAGGACCUUCAAUUUUAUAUCGAUUUGAUCAUUCCUCACUUGUUUGGAAAGCAGUCAAAGAUAAAAACAUUAGAGGAACCAUGAUGAGGGGAGCGUCAACUAAAAUAAAUAGAUUGAAAAUCACUUAUUAUUACAAAAAGCAUUUUGAUGACGAUUAUGGAAUUAAACAUCCGAGUCGAAUUGAAUUCAGUGUUGUUGAUCCAUAUUCAAGUUCAUCUAGUUACAACGAGAAUCUUAUUCUUGACAUUUAUCUUCAAAAUGAGAACCAUAUUGAUGAAUUUGCGAAUGAAGUUCACCCUUUACCUGGCAUUGGAUGUCCACAUUACUUAUCCACAGAUGGACCUUCAAUCCCUAAAUUGAAAACUGAUUAUAUACAUUACACUAUGUACGAGUACAUUAAAGGUUCAACCACUUCUCGGACAUUCAGUGAGAUUUAUGCAUCGGGAAAGCAUGACUUAUUAAAACUAAAAUCAAAUGUUCUUGGUGUAACAACUGAAGUUAUUUAUGAUUAUCAACUUGGAGUUUCUUUCUUACUUCAAGAGGGUGGAUCAUGUAGCAUGUUAUUUGCAGAUUUAAAUUCACCUGGAAUCGAUUCUGAUGGUUACUUCCAUUUAGAUAAUCUUUUCCUUUUUGACUCUAUUUUUAAUUAUCUUGGAAAGCUCAACUUAGAACAUCGACCUGGAUUUACCGUAAACGCCUGGGAAGCAACCAGAUAUAAUGUCACUAUCAACAGGAAUAAGGCCGACAAAGCUGUCAUUACUCAAUAUUUUGCUGAAUCGCAAAAUAGUGAAUUAUUUUAUGGCUUUACACUUGUCAGUACCACAAUUGCCAUCUAUAAAUUGGAUUCAUCGAAAAAAACUUACACUUUCACGGAUGGAAUCACAAGAGAUUACCUGAACUUUGAAAAGGCUGAACUUGAAGAUGAAUUUCACGAUAUCUUUACAAUAAAAGACUGUAAAUACUUGUCUAGUGAUAAAAAAGUAACCCUUGCCUUUAAAUUACAUAAUAAAGGUAACAAUGUUUCGUCACAAAAGUUCACGGAAAGUCAUCUUUACGAGUUAAAGCAAAGCUUCGUGUAUCUUGUUAUUUCACGCGAAAAAAUCAGUCCACUUCGAAUCGAUACCAUUGAAUAUAAUUUCAAUGACGCACAACUUGAAGUUGAAGUGACGUUCUUGGAUUCACCUAAUUUCCAAUAUAUUUUUAACGUUAAAACAAUGUCUGUCAGUGCAGAUACAUUGAAAAAGAUGCAAACAAUCAAAGCAAACAAUGAAAAUGAGUGUCUGAACGAAUUAUCAAAAUAUCCAGAUAGGAUCAGAGUAGUAAUUUAUAGACAAUCAGAUUCUUCUUGCGGAUAUUUGGAAGAUUUUGAUGAUCUCAAGGAAGAUACAAAAAUUGGAGAACCAUGCAGCGUCUAUCACUUUCCUUUACAUAAUUUACGUCGCAUUUACCAAGAAGUACCACUGGAUAAAAUUCACAAUGCUUUUUUGCUAUACGCUGGACAACAUUACUCGUUACUAGAUUUGAAUUUAGAACGUUUCGGAUUUUAUAAAUUAAUUGAUGUUAUCGAUAAAACAAAAAACCAAGAUACCUCGACUGGUGGCUUUCAAUCCAAAAUUAGAGGUGAAGUAAAGCUGAGAAGCAACCAUCAAGAUACAGUGAUUGUAUCAGAUGCGAAAACCUUAGCUGAUUGUUAUCGAACCUGUCAUAAUUCAGAGCAACUCAAAUGCAAUACUUUCUCAUUCUGUUUAAAUGGUGACUGUAGAGUAAGCAGCUUAUUAACUGAAGACUCUUUUAAUGAAUCGUACGUUGAGCAAGACAGAACGUGUUUCAUUUACGCUUUGAAUGCUCUCAAUGAUUACUUAGAAGUACCUCAAAGAAAAUUUAAAACACAGACUUCAAUCGCAGUCGACAAAAGUGUUGAUUCUUGUGCAGAGUAUUGUCAUGCUUCACCUGAUUGUUUUUCAUUCCAAUGGUGUGAUAAUCAAUGUAUUAGUUUUGGUGGUUUUUAUACAGAUGCAUCUACUGAAUAUGAUGAAAAAUGCAGUUUAUAUCUUCCCAAAGUAUCUGAAAAGUACCAAAAAACGGGCAACAAGAUCGUAUCAGAUGUGCUUUACACUGAAAUAAAUUUAAAUUUCGAACAAUGUGCAUCAUUAUGUCAUGGAUGGUCCGAUGGUGACACUGGGUGUAAAUCAUUUAAUUAUUGUCCUAAAAGUAGAACAGAAAGUUCUUGUUCAUUAACUCAAUUUUCAGUUAAAAGUUCAAAUACUAAGACCACUGAAGGUGGCGAUUGUUCAAACUACGAGUUGAAAGGGGAAUCAAAUAAAAAGAAAAGGAAAGAAUCCAGUUCGACUGAUGUCUUGAAAGGAACAAGUGGAUCAGAUGCUUUUGGAAUAAUUAUGCUCUUCUUGUUUGUCGGCGCUUUAUUAGGAUUCGCUGCACCAUUUGGUUACGCAAAAGCUAAACAAAUGCGUAGUGCUUCAGAAGCCAACGAAAGUUUCACUUGGAAAAAACAAGUAGAUUCACAAGCUGAGAAUGACAUUUGAAUCUGAUUACAGAGAUCGAAUUGCCGGUUCAAAUUUUAUUAUCGAACUGCACAUGGGCCUUUGUCAAUUAUUAAUUAUUGAAUUAAAACUCUCGGUAACAUUCGAUUAAAUCUAA